UGAUGGACCCGUCCUCAGCUUUGCUCAUGAACCUUCGAGAGACCAUCCUCGCCCUCUCGCUCGUGCGUUUCCCUUCUGCAAGGGCUCAGACGGACUUCGACUGGAACUCUGCCACACCGUCCACCAGCCUGAACUGGGUCAGCUGCUACUCUGAAAAUACGCAGUGCACUCGCCUUAGCGUGCCCCUCGACUACUCAGAUCCAAGCGCAGGUUCUGCCGCAAUCGCCCUCAUUCGCGUCCCAUCUUCCUUGGGCCUCUCCGGCGCACCCGGAUAUCGCGGCCCGGUCCUGUUCAACCCUGGAGGGCCAGGUGCGAGUGGUAUCGAUACUGUGCUCGCUCUCGGAGGCGAAAUCCAGGGCGUACUCGGCCAAGAGUUCGAUUUUGUCAGCUUCGAUCCUCGAGGAAUCGGUCGUUCAACCCCCGCCAUCUCUGUCUUCACCUCUGACCUGGAAAGGGCGGAGUUCGAUAUGUCGGCCGGAACCCUCAACACGGAAGUGACCUCUAGCUCGACCCUACCGGAGCGCUGGGCGAAGACUCAAGUCCUGGGGAGCCUCGCCAGGGAUCGCAGUGCUAAUGUUAUCAGCCAUAUGUCGACGGACAACGUAGCAAGGGAUAUGCUUAGGAUUGUUGAAGCUCAUGGCAGAGAAAAACUGCAAUAUUGGGGUGUCUCGUAUGGAAGCGUUCUCGGGGCAACGUUUGCUGCUCUAUUCCCGGACAAAGUCGAACGCUUGAUCAUUGAUGGCGUUCCUGAUUUACAACGCUACUACUCUUGGGAUGGGCGCAAUCUUGUAGUUGACGCCGACAAGGCCCUUCAAGCCUUCUUCGAUGCUUGCGCCGCCGCCGGGCCGCAGGCUUGCGCAUUCCACUCACCCACAGCUGCAGCUAUCGAACGACGCCUUGAAAAUCUCUAUAAGCGUGUCCUUCGCCAGCCAGCCCCAGCCUAUUCAGCCUCGUUGCAGAAAUAUGGCGUCGUCGACCUCCUCACGCUGAAGAACGUUAUCCUUACUUCGCUGUAUGCACCCUCAGUGUCCUUCGCUCCUCUCGCGAGAGGGCUGAAAGCGCUCGAGGAUGGGGACGCGAGCGUCCUGUAUCAGCUUCCGAUGGUCAGCUCGGAUGAGGUCUACGCAUCGGUCGCCUGUUCGGAUGGGAACGCAGUAACGGAUUCUGCGGCGCAAAUCGCGGAAUAUGCAAAGACCAUCAGUCGCCUAUCGACAUUCUCGAGCUUCAUGUCCUCGAUCAGGCUUUUGUGCUCGGGCUGGAAAAUCCAUCCGAAUAGCUUCAAAGGACCACUCUCUGGUAACACGAGCUUCCCGCUGCUAGUCAUUGGGAACACGGCAGACCCGGUGACACCUCUCUCUAUGGCAAAAAAGGCAUCUCAAGCGUUCCCUGGAUCCGUCGUCCUUACAUACGAUAUACCUGGGGACUCCUCUUUUGCCUGGACUUCACUAUGUGUCAUCGGCCAUGUCCGGUCGUAUUUCCAGAAUGGCACCUUGCCUGAGAAGGGUGCUAUUUGCAGUGACGCUGUGGUUCCGUAUUUUCCUUCGACGUCUACAACGAACGCGACAGGUUUGGUCAGUGAGAAGCGAGACUCGUUGGAUGAGAUUGUGGAAGUGCUGAGGAGGGCGGACAAAAGGGCACUGUUCAACGCCUUCUAGU